AUGGAAGAACACAUUUUGCACACUUUAGCUAAAGAACAUAUUAAAAGUCUUUCUGAAUUUGGUGCUGUCCGUCAUAAAGAUGUUGUGAAAUGGUUAUCAGAUGUUGAAGAAGUAUUUAAUCGAGCUCAAUUUCAACCAUCAAAUAAAUAUUUAGCUGUACUAUCAUAUUUAAUUGAUUCUGCUGCAAAAUGGUUCAAAUAUAACAAGUCUACUAUUAUUGAUUGGCCCACAUUUAAAAUUGAACUUAUUAAAGCUUAUCAACCAUCACUUCAGCAAACAUAA